ACACGUGAAUGUGAGAGCUGAAAGAGAAGCCAGCGUAGAGAGAGAAGAAGAAGAAAGAAGAUGGAGGAUUCUUUCAUGUCUCACCGUUCAACGUUCCUUCUUCCACCGCAGAAUAAAGACAACACCUCUUCUGUAACUAACUAUGCUCUCGUCAUUCUCAAUCAGCGCCUUCCUACCUACGCACCUCUUCUUUGGGACCACGCGAAGCUGAGAGUGUGUGCUGACGGUGGUGCCAAUCGCCUGUUCGAUGAAAUGACUCAGCUUUUGCAUUCUGAACAGCCAUCUCUUCUUCAAUCCAGGUACAAGCCUGAUGUAAUCAAAGGUGACAUGGAUUCAAUCCGGACAGAAGUACUCGAAUAUUAUAAAAAGCUGGGAACUAAGAUAAUAGAUGAAUCUCACGAUCAGGAUACCACAGAUUUACACAAAUGUAUAUCGUACAUACUUGACCAAACACCAGAUAUUGAUAAAUCAAAACUUUGCAUUCUUGUUACCGGAGCACUUGGCGGGCGAUUUGAUCAUGAAAUGGGAAACAUCAAUGUUCUAUGCCGUUUCUCUAACACUCGGAUUGUCCUUCUGUCUGAGGAUUGCCUCAUUCACCUUCUUCCACAGAGUCACUGUCAUAAGAUCUUUGUUCAAUCUUCCAUUGAGGGUCCACAUUGCGGACUGAUUCCCAUUGGAAUGCCAUCUGCGAAGUCUACAACCACCGGCCUCCGGUGGGACCUUAAUAACACAGAGAUGAGAUUUGGUGGCUUAGUAAGCACAUCAAAUAUAGUAAAAGGAGAUAUAGUGACAGUUCAGUCUGAUUCAGAUCUUCUUUGGACCAUUUCCAUCAAGAGGAAACCCUAGUCAAUGUUACUCAUUCCCCUGAAGCCAAUUACACUUAUAUGAGCAGAGAAAAUUCAUGGAUGAAUUUUCUGACAAGCAUAGAGAUGAGUAUUUACCAAGAUGCCAAGGGGCAUUGGGCAUGUACUACUAAUUAAUGAGCAUUAUGGAAGCGGGCAAUGUACUAAAGAAGAUGAAGCAACUUUAGGUUGCCUUCUGAUUUUCCACUUCAAGCUGUAAGUUUAUUAAGCUAUCAAAUGUUAAUUUCCA